AUGACUGCAGUGUCCCCCCCGAGCGCCGGCGAGCUGCCCGCGGAGCGCUGCGAGUUUGGGCGGGUGGAAGCGACAGAGGGGCCGCUGGUCCUGUGGCUCAUGGCAAACUCCGACUCGGCGGGCUACAGCGUGCAAAUCUGCGCAACGGACUUUGGGGCCCAUGCCUGGAGGGCAAACUUCAAGUUAUCAGACCUCAUGGACUCGCUGACAGGGACCUGCCCGACGCCUGGCCUCCUCCUGAAAUGGGUCACCAUGUCCAUGACGCAAGGACGAAUGGCUUUGGAUCUCACAGAAGGACAGGAAGGCAUUGCCUUCACCGUCCAUGUUCCUCUAGCUCUGGCGCUGUCGUUCAGUUUCAGGGCCACCGCGGUGUCCUAA